AGAAAUGCUUAUACUAUGGUAUUACACAAACAUGGGGAACGGUUAUAUAAUGGAUUAAAGCAAGUAGUAACAGAGCAUCUGGAAGAAAAGAUUCGCAAGGAGGUCGUAGCCUCUUUAAGUAACAAUUUCUUAGAUACCUUGAAUGCAGCAUGGAAUGAUCACCAGACAUCAAUGGUUAUGAUAAGAGAUAUCCUAAUGUACAUGGACCGUGUCUAUGUUCAACAAAAUGGUGUUGAUAAUGUAUAUAACCUAGGGCUGAUUCUUUUUCGAGAUAAGGUUGUAAGAUAUGGCAAUAUCAGAGAUCACCUUUGUCAAACUUUAUUAACUCUAGUAAGAAAAGAAAGAAAGGGUGAAGUUGUUGACAGGAUGGCCAUUAGGAAUGCCUGUCAGAUGUUGAUGAUCCUUGGUAUAGACUCAAGACAUGUGUAUGAAGAGGACUUUGAAACCCCCUUCUUAGAAGAAUCAGCAGAGUUCUACAAGAUGGAAGGUCAAAAGUUUUUAGCAGAAAACAGUGCAUCUAUAUAUAUACAGAAAGUUGAACAAAGAAUAAAUGAAGAGUCUGAAAGAGCCAAACAUUAUCUUGACCCAAGUACAGAGGAAGCUAUUGUAAAAGUCGUAGAAGAGGAAUUAAUCCGUAAACAUAUGAAAACUAUUGUAGACAUGGAGAACUCAGGAGUGAUCCAUAUGCUUAAACAUAACAAAAUUGAUGAUUUGGCAAGAAUGUAUAGAUUAUUCUCUCGAGUCAAGGAUGGACUGAAAACCAUAUGUGAUUGUAUGAGAGGGUAUCUUAGAGAACAAGGAAAAGCUAUCAUGGCUGAUGAAGAUAAUGAAUGUUCUAAAAACCCUAUCCCAUGUAUUCAGAAUCUUUUGAAUCUGAAGGACAGGUUUGAUCAUUUCCUCCAUAAUGGCUUCAACAAUGUUAAGUUAUUCAAGCAAGCUAUAGGAGCAGAAUUUGAAUUUUUUUUGAAUCUCAAUAGUAGAUCACCAGAGUUUUUGUCUCUUUUCAUUGAUGACAAACUGAAGAAAGGUGUCAAAGGAUAUUCAGAACAAGAAGUGGAAGCUAUUCUAGAUAAAUGCAUGGUUUUGUUUAGGUUUUUACAGGAAAAGGAUGUAUUUGAAAGGUACUAUAAACAACACUUGGCUAAAAGACUGCUGUUACAAAAGAGUAUUUCAGAUGAUUCUGAGAAAAAUAUGAUCUCUAAACUAAAGACUGAAUGUGGUUGUCAGUUCACAUCUAAACUAGAAGGCAUGUUUAAAGACAUGACUGUAUCCCACUCAACUAAUGAAGAAUUCAGGCAGCAUGUUUCCAACAAUCAAAUCAACUUAGUGGGAAUUGACCUGACGGUAAGAGUACUAACUACAGGAUUCUGGCCAACCCAAGCUGGCAACCAUAAAUGUAAUGUGCCACCUCAAGCUCAGCAUGCUUUUGACUGUUUUAAAAGGUUCUAUUUAGGAUGUCACAGUGGAAGACAACUAACAUUGCAACCACAACUAGGCACUGCUGAACUUUAUGCUACAUUUCCUCCCCUUAAAAAGGAUGACCCCCAGCGACGAAAGCACAUAUUCCAAGUGUCUUCGUAUCAAAUGUGUAUUCUGAUGCUCUUUAAUUCAAAGGAAAAACUGACCUAUGAGGAAAUAGCACAAGACAGUCUAAUACCAGAACGAGAUCUUAAUCGAGCUCUGCAGUCGUUUGCUUGUGGUAAAGCAACUCAGAGAGUGCUUAUCAAAGAGCCUAAAGGCAAGGAGAUGGCACCCACAGAUAUGUUCUGCAUCAACGACCAGUUCACCUCUAAGCUUUUUAGAGUUAAAAUACAAACUGUGCUUGCCAAAGGCGAAUCGGAACCAGAACGCAAGGAGACAAGAUCGAAAGUCGAUGAAGAUAGAAAACAUGAAAUUGAGGCGGCGAUUGUUCGUGUAAUGAAAGCUAGGAAAAAGAGACCGCACAACUUACUAGUCGCAGAGGUAACGGAACAACUUCGAGCCCGCUUUCUUCCAAGUCCACAAGUUAUCAAGAAAAGGAUAGAAGGACUUAUCGAAAGGGAAUAUCUUACUCGAACACCAGAGGACAGAAAAGUCUACCUUUAUGUGGCAUAAUGAGAACAAGCUGAAUGAAAGAUUACCUCCACAAGGACCAUGUGCACUCAGAAUUUUGAGGCCAUUGGAUUAUUGGAACAUGAGAAGACACCUUGUAAUAAAUCGAGGAUGUUCUUUUUCUUCAAGCCAUCUUCAUAAUUACAUCUUCACCACUUCCAUCGUCAUCAUCAUAUAUCCUCGCUACUUUCAUCAUCGUCAUCAUUACGAUCGCAUUAUCACCAUCAUUUUGGUUAUCUGGGAAGUUUGUUCUCCUUGUUAUCUCUGUUUGGAUAGUGGAAGUUUGGUCUUUUUAUAUCUGUGGAAUGGACCAGUUCACCAAGUCAUUGAUGGUCGUAAUUAGCGAUCGGUCAAUGUGUAUCACCUAAGGGGGUUCGGAAGAGAUUUGCUGUAACAUCAUAAAGAUUAUCUCCAAAAGAGAUAUGAGUCAUGUCAAUAUUUACCUGAUUCUCUCUCCAGGGCCCGGUUGUGGGAAGGGUGGAUAGCGCGAAUCCUGAUCCAGUGGAUAAGUCAAUAGUGUUAUCCAAUAACUUUAUCCACCCUUCGUACAACCGGACCCAGUUGUCUAAAAAACGUGAUCACCACAAAAUACUCCAAGCACAUCCCCAAGGCGAUGAAUAAUGACCGUUCCCUUAGUAUCCUCUUACCGAUGCGUUAUCUUCACAAUGUAAAUAAAUUUUUCGGUAGCAAUCAUAUUGCCGUGGAUCAUUAAUUGUUUGUGACGGAAGGAGGACAGAUCCAUCUUGACGCAAUGAACGAGUAAAUGGUGUUCAAGGUGUUGGUAUAUGGCGCUCAUCGAUAAAACUUCUCCAUUGUAGUGCAGAUGGACGAAACACCCAACGCGUUUCACUGUUUGUAUCUCUGCUGUUGAUAUUUUGCGUUUUUAUUGACAAUGUUCUUUCUUGUAAACAGAGAGGCGCGUUUAAAUGGGCAUUAAAUUUGCCCUUCCUUACAAGCCAUGCACUAUUCAAGAUAGAAAUAGACAGUAAUGUAGAUAAAAAGUUCAAUUUCAAUUGGUGAAUUGCUUCCUUUGUUGAGGUCAUUAUUUUAAUAACCAUUUAGAGCAUAUGGCCAUAUACGGUCAUGUGAUCGGUUUAACAUCGGGCUUUGGCUGCCAGUACCUUCACCGAAUAAAAUUUAUAAUUUCUGCCUUCCCGUA